AUGAAGAGGUCGAUUUGUAAAAAACAAGUUGCGCAAGCUAUACAAAUUCAAUCACGUCGUACUCUUAUUCACAGUUCUCCAAGAUGGCGCCCUGAAUUGGCAUUCUCAACAUCUGCUGAUGUCGAAACACCACCAUUUCGAAAAGAAACACUUCCAUUCAAAUUCGAAACUGGACUUGCGCUAUUCGCCAAGAGACAGCCGCGACCAUUUCCUCCUCCAUUCCUAUCACCUCCCUCGGUGUCCUUCUCUGACCCCCUGAGUACUCAUCACAAGAGUCGCGAUAGAAGACCUUCUGUGAACGGCGAGGUAAUCCGAGGGUACACAAAUGGUGAUGAUGCAGUUUAUUCGAGUGAUCACUUUAUUGGCACAAAUGAUGGAGUCGGUGCAUGGUCAACAAGAGAAAGCGGACAUGCGGGGUUAUGGUCGAGGCUAAUUCUGCACUUUUGGGCUUUGGAAGUAGAGAACGACGCAAGAAUAUCCCGCCCAGCAGGACAAUACUUCGAGCCGAACCCUGUUGAAUAUCUGCAGAAGGCAUACGAGCAAACUAUACAAGCUACGGCGAGUCCGAAUAAGUGGCAGGGGACAACUACAGCUACCGGAGCACAAUUGCAUUAUAAAAGAGAUGAUUCAAAUCCCACUGCGCCUGCUACACCUCUCUUAUACGUUACGAACAUUGGCGAUUCACAAGUACUGGUCAUAAGACCGAAACAUCAGGAACGUAUUUUCAAAACUACAGAACAAUGGCAUUGGUUUGACUGUCCUCGACAACUUGGUACAAACAGCCCCGAUACACCCGUUAAUAAUGCUGUCAUGGAUAAGGUUGAGAUUGAGGAAGACGAUGUCGUUCUUGCUAUGUCUGAUGGUGUCAUUGACAAUCUAUGGGAGCAUGAGAUAAUCGAAAGUGUUGUGAGCAGUAUCCGUAAGUGGGAGCGAGGUGAGGGUGGUGUAAGUACUGGGGAUCGAGGAGGUGGUGCUGGAGGUGGUAUGAAAUUCGUAGCCGAUGAGCUCAUGAAAGCCGCGAAAGUUAUCGCGCAAGAUCCUUUCGCAGAGAGCCCAUUCAUGGAGCAUGCUGUUGAAGAAGGCCUUGCUAUGGAAGGAGGAAAAUUAGAUGAUAUAAGUGUUGUCGCAGCUCUAUGCACGACUUCGGAAAUAAAGUGGCUAGAAGCUGUUCCUGUGACAGCUACCCGCGCCAAGACGCACAUAGAGACAACGAUAUGUCAGGAGGAGGAUAAUACGAAACGGAGAUCUUAUCAUCGAAAGAUUCGGUUCAUAGGGAUGGACGCCCUGACCAGAGACGGGCAGAGAAGGAGGAGGAGUGUUGCAGGCGUGAAGAGUUUAGGGCUCAAAUGCCAUCGAUACAAUGGGGAAUAUUACUCCUAUCCUUUGGUUCUAGACUUUGCUGGCCCGGCGAAGCAAUACAAAAAGCUCAUGCAGCAAUAUGGCAUGAGCUUUGGUUUCCGCGAGGCAUAUCAAGUUCUUCUUGACGCAGACAUCAUUAGGGAUGCCGACAGAUUUAAGAUGGACUUGGUAGGCGGCUUGGAGCGAACGCUUCAAGGUCAAGUUAAGCCCAUGAUCACACAAUGUUCAAUGCGCCAUUUAUACGCUGCUUCGUCAGAACCUGGAGUAUCAUAUCUCAUUGACAAAGCCAAAACGUACGAGCGACGCCGUUGUGGUCACCUCCCCGAAGAUUAUCCCGAACCUCUUUCCGCACACGAAUGUAUCAAAGCAGUAGUUGACGGUAAAGACAAUGGAACCAAUAAACACAGAUACGUGGUAGCAAGUCAAGAUAUAGAAGUCAGAAAAGCUAUGAGGGCAAUUCAGGGUGUGCCUUUGGUUUAUAUCAAUAGGAGUGUUAUGAUUAUGGAACCAAUGGCAGGAACAUCUACAGAUGUGAGGGACAGGGAAGAAAGGUUGAAAUUUAGACAAGGCAUAAAGUCAGGCAGGGCUUCAGGAAGUCUCAAGAGAAAGAGAAAUGAAGGGGAUGCGGACGACGACGAAGAUUCGGCAAUGAAAGAUAUGGGUGCGCAAGAAGGUGUUGCGAAAAAGAAGAAGAAUGCUCCAGGACCAAAAGCACCAAAUCCAUUAGCAAUGAAGAAGAAAAAGAAGGCUGAAGGGGAUAAUACGAAGCCUGAUGCGUCAAUCAAAUUGGUCGAUGCCAAUAGUACGGGAGCGGAUGGUUCAGAACCUAUUAAGCGCAAACGAAAGCGUCUACACUCGAAGAAAAAGGCAGAAGAUGGGGCUGAUGCGGAAACUGCAAUUGCAGUGACAUUAGAUGAUUUAUCUGUUAGAGAAACCACCUACCCUGUGAGUCAAGGUGGUGGUCGAAGUGCUAGAAACAAUAUGCCACAGAGUGAUGAGACCACCACAAAUGCUAAGGAAAAUGGCAAUGUGGGACCGGGUACAGCUGUUCAAAAUGGACCUGCAGAACUUGAUGAUUUUGGACUGCCCCUCAAGAAGGGUGUUGUUCCAGAACCGGUAGCAUAUGAUGGACUGGAGAGCGCCGAAUCGGAGGAUAAGUCGAACAUCGUCGAGGAUCGGAAUGCCGAGACUGAAGAGAAUGGAUUGAAGAAUGCGGGUGUUGUCAAGGAUGAUGUAAAGGAUAAUGGCUCAGAUGAGGAAGAUGAGUUCAAGGACGCUCAAACGACUCCAUUUCCCGCCACGCCGAAUCCCGAGCCGCAAGAAACCCGUGAGAUAACUCAGAAUAAUGAAUUGCCAGUUCAUGGUCACCCCGCCCCUCAAGAAACAAUCAAAGAAGUCGAACCUGCAAGCAAAGAAGAUCUGGCAGAAUCCCCGGAACCUGCGAACUCUACGGAAGCAUCAAAACCUAAAGAAGACCUAGAAGAGAAGAGCAGUGGCAACGAUAAUGGGAAUGUGGUUCCCAUAACAGAUAGUAGACAUGGUCGGAUGGAGUCAAACCAGGGAAUAUCAGAAUGGUCGCAUCAACAUACACAUACCACUUUGCCCGAUUCAACAAGUCCGCCUCAGGGAAACGACGAAUGGCAGACAAUGCCAGCUUAUGCCCUAUACGAUAUUUACGAUGACGAUAAUAGGUUGAUUGCGAGGGAGGCGCAUGAAUCUGACGAUGAGCCAGAUGCAUAUGCGGGUUUAGGUGGCGCCGGUAGAGGAUAUACCAGAGUACAACUAGAUGAAGAUGCUCAAUCUGCGACAAGUCUGGACGAGAACACACAGUACCUUUUUAAGGAUGUCCACGGCACUGGGGCUGGAGAAGCGGAAGACGAGGAGCAGCGAGAUGCAGUUUCACAGAUGCAAGCUACCAAGGAUCUUUUAACCGAAGGGCAAAGAAUUGCAUAUGUUGGCAUGACUCGACUUAUAUUGUCUAAAAUGCUCGAACAACAGGAACUAUUGGUAGCAGCCAAAAAAGGAAGCAAAAAAGAUAUACAGGUGUCAGCGGAGGCCAUGAAGAUGUGGACUCAAAAAAUGAUGGUGCGGCUAUAUGCGCAUAUGGAAAUUAGUACCGAUGAACAGAUCAUGAUAGAGCAAUUGGCUGAACAUGGGGUAGUUCCUUCUGAUUUGACCGGUACUCUCAUGCAGAAUGCACGAGUAAAGAAUCCUAUGGCCGAAAAAGCCCAUUCAAGCAAAGACUCCAUCGCUUCAAGUAGAAGCCCCAGGGAAUCCAUUUCAUCUCCGCGAUUUCAACGAGAAUCUGUACAGUCUCCACGGCUGCCACAAUCACCUUCAACUCCAUCAACUCCUCGGCCAUAUGACGAGGAAGAGCCAGCUGCAGUACCUCCACCAUAUCAAGAGCACGAAGGCGAAGAUUUGCCUGAAGUCCGAACUCCUUCACAACUUCCCACCACUAAGGAUAUUGACAUCGAUCUUCGGUGGACUGUACUUUGUGAUCUAUUCUUGACUUUAAUCGCAGAUUCGGUUUAUGAUGCACGAUCCAGAACUUUACUAGAAAAGGUUGGUGACAACAUGGAGGUUUCAUGGUUAGAAAUUUGUCGUUUUGAGAAACGAGUAACAGACGCUUUAGAGAUGCAACAGGCAGCCGAGAAGGAGAACUGGAACGAGGAUGAUCACAAAGAAAAUAGAAGAAAAUUGGCUCUCAAGAAAAGAUAUUUGAUGAUGGGCCUUGCAACUGUUGGUGGAAGUUUAGUCAUUGGACUUUCCGCAGGCCUCUUGGCACCUGUUAUUGGAGCAGGUCUUGCUGCCGGUUUCACAACAAUUGGCGUAGCAGGUACUAGUGGAUUUCUUGCUGGUACCGCAGGUGCUGCCAUUAUCACAACAGGUGCCGCAACUUCAGGUGGGAUUAUUGCAGUCAGGGCUGCAAAUCGUAGAACUGGAGCAGUCAAGACUUUCGAGUACCGGCCAUUGCACAAUAACAAGCGAGUCAACUUAAUUAUUACAGUUUCGGGAUGGAUGACGGGAAAAGUCGACGAUGUACGCUUGCCAUACAGUACUGUUGAUCCAAUUAUGGGAGACAUUUAUUCUGUUCUUUGGGAGCCGGAAAUGCUUACGAGUAUGGGAGAUACCAUCAAUAUUCUUGCAACUGAAGCUCUAACUCAAGGUCUUCAACAAGUCCUUGGAAGCACCAUUCUCAUUGGUUUAAUGGCCGCUCUACAACUACCAGUUGUUCUGACCAAGCUUUCUUAUCUCAUUGAUAAUCCCUGGACUGUUUCUCUUGACCGUGCCAAUGCCGCAGGACUUAUUCUUGCAGACUCACUUAUUGAUCGCAACCUUGGUACCAGACCAAUCACUUUCGUGGGAUAUUCCCUUGGCUCUCGAGUUAUCUUCUCAUGUCUGAAAGAACUCGCCAAAAAAGGCGCCUACGGACUGGUCCAGAAUGUUUACCUAUUUGGUUCCCCUAAUGUGGUGAAUCAGGACGAAUACCUCAAGGCUAAAUCCGUCGUGGCUGGUAGAUUUGUUAAUGGAUAUGCAAGGAAUGAUUGGAUUCUAGGAUAUCUUUUCCGUCUUACUAGUGGUGGCAUCAGACAUGUAGCAGGACUUGCGCCAAUUGAAAAUGUACCUGGCAUAGAAAAUGUGGACGUCACCGAUCUGGUACCGGGACAUAUGGCAUACCGUACUGCCAUGCCCAAGCUUCUUCGAGAAGUGGGAUGGGAGGUUGAAAGCGACGAGUUUACUGAAAUCGAAGACCCAGAUCCGGAAAAUCACGCUGAAAGACAGAGAGAGCUCAUAAAUGAAAUCGAAGAGGCCAGAAAGGACUUCGAGAAAAAGGAGAAAGAGGGAAAAGGAAGAUUUAGUUUCUUUGGUCGUAAAAAGAAAUCAGCUGUCGAGCGCAAAGAAUGGGAAACGUAUGAAGAUUCAAAGAACGAACCGGGUUAUGAUUCAAGUCACGCUGGGACAGAGGAUGGCCAGGGAAACAAUCAUGGAGUCCUUUUUGAUAUCGAUGCGAUCCGCGCAGAGGUUGCUAGCGGAGUUGCUGCCGACGGUGGUAGUGGCGAACAUAUGGAAGUCAAAGAACUUAAAUCUACACUACCACCCAUGAAACUCAAUUUAGGCUCGUCCUCAAACAGCAAUCAAUCCAGUCCACGCAAUUCCCUCCGGCCAACAAAAAGCUACGAUACUAGUAGCACAUUAAAAGCCUAUAAUUGUCGUUCGCCCGAAUAUUCUCCUCGCCCUUCCAAUGCAGGGCUUGGCGUAGGCUCGACGUAUUCCUACUCAAAUUCCAAUUCGAGACAGGAUCUCGAAAAACAUUCUCCAUAUAUGGUUCAGGAACCGGAAGAGGAAGUCGAGAUGACGUUCGAUACGGCUUAUCAUUCUCCUCCGCACUCGGCUAAUGUUAGUAGUACGAGGUUGCCCGAGAGGGGAAAUACGAGUUUUCAUUCGCUGGGGCAUGGGGUGGCGGGUAAUAGUGCUGUGUUUAGAGAGGGAGGUUUGGAUGGAAGUGGGAGUGGAAGUAGAAAUGGAAGACCGGAAUUCAAAUCGGCGAGUAUGUUGCCGGUGGGAUUGGGGGUCGGUGGGUUGGGAGCAGGACUCGGGAUGGGGAUGGGGACGGGAAUGGGAAUGGGAAUGGGAUAUGCGAUGGAGAAGAAUGCUUGGGCGGAUGAUGAUGAGGAUGAAUUUGGGGCUGGGGGUGAAAAGGAAAUCGAGAUGACUUUUGCAUAA